AUGCUCGGCGGUCUCCGCCUCGCCGCAACCGUGGUCCUAGGCCUGGUCGCGUCCUUCCCGGCCGGCGCACUAGGACAAAACGUAACGGUGCCCAACUGGCUCAUCUUCGACACCGAGGCCGAGGGCCUGCAGCUCGCCACCGCGGGCAAGCCCCCGCGCUGCCGUCGUCUCCGACGGCACCGCCCUGCCCGCGGCGGGCGCCCCGCCAUCGUUAUCGGCACCGUGGGCAAGUCGGCCCUCGUCGACGAGCUCGUGGCCGCCGGCAAGGUGGACGUGUCCGCCAUCGAGGGCAAGUGGGAGUCGUACGUCGCCCAGGUCGUCACCGACGACGCCGACGAGCCCGUCGCGCUCGUCAUCGCCGGCUCCGAUAUCCGGGGCACCAUUUUCGGCAUCUACGACGUCUCGGAGCAGAUUGGCGUCUCUCCCUUUACUGUUCCGCGGCAUCUUCCUCAACGACGAGGCGCCCGGCUUGACGAACUGGGCUGCCGAAAACUACCCCGGAGCCAGUACGGGAACCCCUUCAACUCUGACUUCUACGCCCGCGUCUUUGAGCUCAUCCUCCGCCUCAAGGGCAACUACUUGUGGCCCGCCAUGUGGAACUCCAUGUUCUACCUCGACGAUCCCAAGAGCGGACCCCUCGCCAACGACUUUGGUAUCUUCAUGGGUACCUCCCACCACGAACCCAUGGCGCGCGCCGACAAGGAGCAGGGCCGCUUCUGCCAGGGAAACUGGGACUGGGGCAGCAACCGCAACAACGUGCAAAAGUUCAUGUCCGAGGGCGUCACCCGCGCCAAGGACUGGUACACCAUUUACACCGUCGGCAUGCGCGGCAGCGGCGACGCCGCGUCCGCCACCCUCAACUCCAAGUCCAUGGAGGAGGUCAUCAAGUUCCAGGAGUCCACCCUCCAGACCACCAUUGGCGGCGAGCUUGCCGAUAUCCCUCACUCUUGGAUGAUGUACAAGGAAGUCCCCGGCUACUGGCAAAGGGCAUGGAUGUCAGCGAUACCGUCACCCUCUGCUGGACCGACGACAACAGAGGCAACAUCCGCCGCAUCCCCACCGCCAAGGAAAACCAGCGUGUCGGUGGCUCCGGCAUGUACUACCCAGCAAAAGACGUACGAGCAAAUGCACCUCGCCUACGAGCGCGGCGUCGACCGCAUCUGGAUCGUCAACGUCGGCGACCUCAAGCCCAUGGAGCUCCCCAUCUACCACUUCAUGUCCAUGGCCUACGACAUGUCCAAGUUCCAGCAGCCCGCCUCCACCGACAAGUGGACCCUCGAGUGGGCCGCCCGCGAGUGGAACCCCGACGUCGCCGCCGAGACCGCCUCCAUCAUGAACAAGUACGGCAUGCUCUGCGCCCGCCGCAAGUACGAGGACCUCAGCAUCACCCCUUUUGCCUUCCACGCCACCAACUACGACGAGGCCGAGCGCAACUACGCCGAGUGGGAGGCCCUCGUCGUCCGCGCCCAGGCCGUCUACGACAGCCUCCCCGAGGCCGACCAGUUCUCCUACUUUGAAAUCGUCCUCCACCCCGUCCUCGCCGGUAAGACCGUCUUCGAAAUCUACUCCAAGGCCGCCAUCGGCUCCCGCUACGCCAACCAGCACAGCUACCGCGCCGACGAGAUGGCCCAGGAGGCUAGGAACGCUUUCGAAGAGGACAAGGCCAUCACCGCCCGCUUCCACGGCCUCCUCGGCGGCAAGUGGAACCGCAUGUUCGAGCAGACCCAUAUCGGCUACAACAACUGGCAGGAACCCGCCCAAAACUCCCUGCCCCCUCUUCCCAGCGUCGGCGGCGGUGGUGGCGGUUUCUUCGGCGGAGGUGGCGGCGGCGGCGGCGGCAGCGGCAAGCUCCUCGGCAUCGGCAUCCAGUACUCCGACACCGGUACCGACGCCGCGACCGUCACCGUGCCCGCCAUGAACCAGUACAUGUCCCCCGACGAGCAGCGCUACGUCGACAUCUUCAUGCGCGAAAAGGGCUCCCUCUCCUACACCAUCACCUCCAACGCCUCCUACGUCACUGUCUCCAACGAGUCGGGCGACAUCAGCACCGACGCCGCCCCCUCUCGCGCCCGCUCCAUCAUCACCGUCGACUGGGACCAGGUCCCCGAAGGCAACUCGGCCGCCGAGCUCGUCGUCGCCGUCACUACCCCGGCCAACAGCCCCGGCGCCACCGUCAUCUCCGAAGGCGUCGUCUCCAUCGAGGCCAACCACUUCGCCGCCGUCACCGACGGCGCCGAUAACGCCACGUACGCCGUCAUCCCCAACUACGGCCGCACUCUUGCCGGCAUCAAGCUCUGGCCCGUCACUACCCCGAGCCAGGAGCCCGCCACCGGCGCUGCCGUCACCUUCCCCUUCUGGACCUACCGCCAAGCCGCCAACGCCAAGGUCACCGUCUACCUCUCCGCCUCCGAAAACGCCGACUCCGAGCAUGCCAACCGCUACGCCGUCUCCGUCGACGGAGGAGCCCCCGGCUGGGAUAGUGCCGUCACUCGCAACGCCUGGAUCAAGGACUCGCAAGUCGGUGCUCUUAGCCCCGGAAAGCAUGAGCUCAAGCUCUGGCUUCUCGAGCCCACCAUGGUGGCCACCAAGAUCGUCAUCGACUUGGGCGGCGUCACCGCCAGCGAGCUCGGUCCUCCUGAAAGCUACAGGGUGGUUGCCGAGAGGUAA